UUACCAAUGAAGAGCAAGCAUAGGAAACAAAGUAACAAAUCCCAUCUGGAUCAACUUGGCCUUUGUGUCUUAUGCUGCCCUGCUGUAGAUUUCCUGUCUUGUCCUGUAGCAGGUCUAAUGGCAUCUGUCAACUAUUCCCUCAUGGUGGUUCUUUCCAGUCUCCUGGUGGCCAGUGGUUUCAGUUUCCCUGGCCUAAAACUCCUUUUACAACAUGGCGCGGCAGGAGACAAUAUGGAGGCACACAACCUUCGUGCAGAUUCUCUGCUUGUUGCCACAGGGCAGUGGGAGUGGAAGACGGUGGGAGAGGCAAGCCACAACACCCCACUGUUCCCCCGUAGGAAAAGGGCAUAUCUGGUUCUCGAAAGGUACCCUAACAGGACUGCUGUGGAGACAACGACUAGCCUGUUAGUGGAAGAUGAAACCACGGAGCCUGUCACAGGACUCGCAGCUCGCCUGAUGGAGACCGAGGAAACCUCUCAGCCAGGGCUGGCUAGAAAUGGUUCUUCCACUGAGGCCCCAGCAACAAGCAGCCCCCUCGAUGACAGUUCCACGGAAGCCACAGUUACCCACUUCAGCACGGUGGCGGACACAGCACCACGUCAUGGCCGACUGACCUCUCCCAGCCUUGUUGAGGACUUCACUGACACUACAAAUGCCGAAGAGAGCAGCCAUCUUUCUAACACCACAGAUGCAGCCCAGCCCACCUCCACAGCGCCCUCUCAGACUUUGGCGGCCACUUCGGCUAUUUCUGUAGCGCCCCUGGGCCUUGACACGAAGGCUGGCGGGAAAACAGGAAACGCCACGUCUUCUCUCUCACCGCCCCUCACCAACCCCAGACCAACCCCCACUGGCCAGUUGAGGCCUCCCCCCAAAGCACCCCCCAGAGGCUCUGACAAGUGGUUAUGGCAGUGUUUAUUGGCCAUUUCUCUCCUGGCCCUCGUGGCCGGCAUCUUCAUCAUUACGACGUUUGUUCUUGCUACCCUGCUCUGGCGCCAGAAACGGGCCUACAAGCUCAGCCGGCGCAACCAAACGGAGAUGGUGUGCAUCUCGUCCCUGCUGGCUGCCGAAGAGGCGGAGGCCUCGAGAGGACGGCUGCCCCGUGCAAAAAGGGUGAAGAUGCUGGCCGAGGACGGGUCGGAGACUGACGUGGACAACUUGACUCUAAACAGUUUCCUGCCCUAACAUGAACCCACCUCACAGGUCCCCGGCCCACUCCAGUUUUCUCUUUGCAGAACCAUCCUCAAUCUGAGCUGGGCUUUCCGGCUCAAAGCACCUCUGGGUCACACAAGUAUUAAAUCCAGGGCUGUGGAAGGAAACUUCCGAGUCUGUUCAUUACAGGAAGCCAUGAUGCGAUCAACGAUUUGCUCCCUUUCUAAAGAUUGUAUAUUUGCACACUUUCUGUCCACGUAAUUUAUUCUCGUUUUGCUAGUUAGGAUCCCCCGAAGCCGCACUCUUUCAGUGCUGGCUUCUGAAUCUUUUCCAGUGACAGUAUUUUUCCUGCUCG